AUGCGAGCCCCAUCUCGAGCCAUGCGACGCGCGAAAUACAUCCGUUUCAUCGAGCGAUACCUCGUGAACGGCAUCAACAGCCCGAUAAUCUCAUGCGUCGUCAUCUUGGCGAUCCUAGCCUCCACCCACUUCCCAACAUUAGUGGGGUACUUACCGCAAAUCACGGCACUCCCCACUUUCACCACCACGAUGAAACCUUACCCCACGGGUAUACCACGCGAGGAUCUCAUCAAGGACGUCAUCUCGCACUGCGUCACCGUGCUCUUCAUAUCGCGCUUCACGCAGACCUCCACUAGCGUCAUAAUGGAAGUAGCGAUGUGCACAUGGGGCAAUGUAGCGUCGUGGUUCCUAAUGAUGUUCCCGAGACCAUACGUGAGCUGGGAUAUGCGCAUCUCGGUCUUGAUCCAGCUUAUGAUCAUAUACAUCUUGUGCGCCCAUGAGGCGCGGAAAAAUCGUGUGGGGAUGGUUCACGUUUGGAGGAGCUUGAAUGAUAAUUUGUUGAAGAUUGUGCUCAGUUUCAAUUUCUUGAUCGUGGGCGAAGUCUCGUAUCUGGAUGACUUGGCGGGGUUGGCGUUGCUGUUUUGCCAGAUGCUGAUUAAGUUGUACUGUUUGUGGAUUAUGAUUUUGUUUGAGUUGAGGUGUUGCCGUGAUGACGAGGAGCUGGAGCUAGAGCUGGAGCUAGAGCUAGAACUAGAGCGAGAGGUGGAUGAUUUGGAGAUGCAGACAAAGGAAGGUGAGCUAGUUGCGCCAGAUGUCGAUCGGAAGGGACCAAGAUUUGGGUUUGGGAUGGCCAACUGGGUAUUGCUUCUUACUUGUAUUUUAAUUGCUACUUUGGACGUCAGGGAAAUCGUUGCUACUACUACUACCUUGGUCGAGUAG